UAUUCUUCUUUUUCGCAUCUUUAUAGACUAUAGUAUUGAUUAUUUUGUUUUUUGUUUUUUCUUUUUUUACCAGUCAAAUAUUUCUUUUUCUGAAACCCAUUCUCAUUCUCUCUCUUUCUCAGCCACUGUAGUGUGUCUCUUGACACAGUUCGUUAGCCGCAACCCUUUGGCUCCUCCUUCCACUCUCACUCUCACUCUGUUUUCAUCGUCCUCAACCAACGCCAUGUGCUCUUAGUUAGACCUCCCAGAGGUUCUUCGUAGACAACACAGAAGAACGAUUUGUUCCGUUGUUUUAGUAGCUCUUGAAAUGAAACCACAAACCAAUGGGAUGUCUAGAGCUCAUAAGGCAAAUAAUAAUACACAGUUUGAAGGGCCUAACUGGCUUAUUUUUGCUGCUGGUGCUUUGUUGAGUACCCUAUCCAUUCGCCUCGGUUACAAGUUAAAGCAGGCAGUCGACUCCAAGCCGAAGCAAAAUGCAACUACUGGAAAUGGAAAAUCCACCCACACAAAAAACUCCACAGAUUGCUUUAUGCAGUCUAAUGGAUAUUCCCAAACGCAAGAUAAUCAUGGAUGCUUCAGUUGCAUUUCAGGAACUGGAGGUACCAUGGAGCUAAAGUGCCCACCAAAUGGCCAAAUGCAGAUGCUGAAUGAGUUUGAUGGGGCUCUCCCUUUGGUAACAGUUCCUGCUGUUGCUGAAUUUAGCAAGGAAAAUGGUGUUGUCUGGGCAUGCUCUCCUGAUCGUCUCGAACUGCCUUCAAAGCCAUUCCACCAUUCAAACUGCUCAGAUUCACCAUGCGUAUCAGAAUCUGGUUCUGAUAUUUUUAGUAAGCGGGAAGUCAUACAGAAACUGCGGCAACAGUUGAAGAGAAGAGAUGAUAUGAUACUAGAAAUGCAAGAUCAAAUGGCUGAAUUGCAAAAUUCACUCAAUGCUCAGAUGGGACUUUCUUCUCAUUUGCAAUUGCAGCUUGAUGCUACAAACAGUGACUUAUUUGACUCCGAGAGAGAGAUCCAACGGCUAAGGAAAGCAAUUGCAGAUCACUGUGUUGGAUUUGUUCACCAUGACAAAUCUUCCAAGGUGACAGUUUUUCCUGCUGAGAUUAGAAAUGACCUUUCAAAUGGGCAUCUUGAUGGGGAGAAUAAUUGUGAAUCCCCUGAAAAACUAAGGGAUGAGGAGGAGAGAAUUGAGUUGCUGAAAAGGCAAGUAGGAGAGUUGAAAGAGGUAAUAGAAGGAAAAGAAUACUUGCUCCAGAACUACAAGGAGCAAAAGGCAGAACUGUCUCUGAAGAUUAGGGAAUUGCAGCAGAGAUUGGAUUCUCAGCUGCCUAAUAUUUUGUAGAAGCUAUCAAGUUUGUGAAUACUUUGGUUCUUUACAUUUGACAAAUCUUCACUGUCUUCCUCAUUCUUUAUUUUCUCUGUAAUUAGCUCAAUAUAUUUCGAGUUUGUGCAAUGUGUGCCUACUAAGGAGUGAACGAGGGCCUGGGUAUUUAAAAUGAGAUGAAUGCAUAUGGUCUUAGAAAUAGAAAA